CUACCUAUUUGUGAAACAAGUAGUGCUGUAAAGUAUUUAAUCAUUUCUACACAGUUCUAAAUUGUUCAUGUUAUCUGGUGUUUUGGACUCUAAGGGCCGCUGUUGAUCAACAAAAUAAUUUAUGUCCAAUGUUGUCAGUCAGUAGAGUCCCAUCCCCUAUCACUGCGCUUUACUUGAGGACAGCGAGAGACUGCGCUUCAUUCGAGGCGGGGCGCGACAGAGAGACAUUUGCUCUGAUCUAUAGAUACACGGAGGGGACUUUUGAAGUAGGCUGGAUUAAAAUAUAAAGUCAACAAUCACUCUUCUAUUUGAUCAUCGUUUCUGUGGAUGCGGUAUAAGGAACACUCGUGUCUGGUGUAUUAUCCGUUGGCUAUGGCAUUGGAAGGAUCCCUUCAACCUAAAUGCCUAAGAUGGCGUUUGUGCUGUGGACUGCGGUGGCAAAUACUGAUUUUCCUCCUGUAUUUCAGUCAUAUUGCCAGUGGACAAAUCCGCUAUUCCAUUCCGGAGGAGAUGAAGAAAGGUUCUCUUAUCGGUAACGUAGCUCAAGACCUGGGGUUAGAUCUGAAAAGGCUCCGAGCGGGCCGAGCCCGUAUCGUGACAGGAGAAAGCAUUCAGUACACAGAGCUGAAGACAGACAAAGGGAUUCUAGUCGUGAGUGAGAGAAUAGACCGAGAGCAGCUUUGUGGUGACGUCACACCGUGUAGCUUCAACUUCGAAAUUAUACUGGAAACGCCAAUGGAGCUCCAUCAUGUUACUGUGGAAAUUUGGGAUGUAAAUGAUCAUGCCCCUAUUUUUCCGAAUAAUCACAUCAAAUUUGAAAUCAGUGAAUCCGCCACUCUGGGAUCUCGUUUUGUGUUGGAGAGUGCUGAGGAUCAUGACGUAGGAGUUAACGGUCUACAGAAUUAUGUUUUAACCACGAAUGACAAUUUUAUUCUGAAACAGCAUGCGAAUCCUGAUGGUAGAAGGUUUGCCGAAAUGAUUUUACAGAAACCGUUAGAUAGAGAGGAGCAUCCUCGUCUCUCUCUAAAGCUAAUCGCUGAAGACGGUGGAAAUCCGCAGAGAUCUGGCACAGUAAAUAUAGAGAUCACUGUCCUAGAUGUCAAUGACAAUGCGCCUGUGUUUAACCAGUCAGUGUACAGAGCUACUGUAAUGGAAAACGCACAGAAAGGCACCUUUAUCACAACCUUAAAUGCCAGCGAUGCAGACAGUGGUUCGAAUGGGUUAGUUACUUAUUCAUUUUCUAACUUAAAAGGGAACUUAGCAGAUAUAUUUGAAAUUGGCAGGACAACUGGCAAAAUAUCUGUAGCUGGACAAAUAGAUUUUGAAAAAGACAAGAAAUAUGAAAUUAGAGUUGAGGCUAAAGACCAAGGUGGUUUAACAGACCUCGGUAAAGUUGUCAUAGAAAUAGUUGACAUAAAUGACAACGCACCUGUUAUAAACGUCAUGUCUUUCUCCAGCCCUGUGUCUGAAGAUUCUCCUUUGGGAACAACCAUUGCGAUAAUCAAUGUCAAAGACGUCGAUUCUGAGAGGAAUGGUCAGGUUACAUGCUCUAUAGAUAUGAAUCUCCCAUUUAAGAUCAAAUUAUCUAUGACAAAUUAUUACAAUUUGAUCACUGAUUUAACUUUUGACCGGGAAACGACACCAGAAUACAACAUAACCAUAACAGCGACAGAUUCUGGUUCGCCUCCACUCUCUAGCACCAGGACAUUACACCUUAGAAUCUCAGACGUAAAUGACAAUGCUCCAUUGUUUCAUCAGGGCUCAUACUCGACUUACGUCACAGAGAAUAACUCUCCUGGAAUGUCCAUAUUUACAGUCAGCGCGCGGGAUUCUGACUGGAAUCAGAACGCUAGAAUCUCGUACCUCUUGGAGGACACGCAGAUCAGUGGAACUCCAGUCUCUACUUAUAUAUCCAUUAACUCUGAAACUGGAGUUUUACAUGCGGUUCGUUCCUUUGAUUAUGAACAAAUUAAAGAGUUAAAACUUGUGGCUAAGGCGCAAGACGGAGGCUCUCCUCCCCUCAGUAGUAAUGUGAGUGUCAACAUCUUCAUACAAGAUCAGAACGACAACGCACCUCAGGUUCUGUACCCAGUACAGACUAGCAGCUCUCUAGUGGCUGAAAUGGUGCCUCGUUCAGCAGAUGUGGGCUAUCUUGUCACUAAAGUGGUGGCUGUUGAUGUGGACUCUGGACAGAAUGCCUGGCUCUCGUAUAAACUGCAGAAAGCGACAGACAGGGCGCUGUUUGAAGUGGGCUUACAGAAUGGAGAAAUAAGAACUGUACGCCAAGUCACUGAUAAAGAUGCUGUGAAACAAAGGCUCACUGUUGUAGUGGAGGACAACGGGCAGCCCUCUCGUUCAGCUACAGUCAAUGUUAACGUGGCGGUGGCAGACAGCUUCCCUGAAGUGCUCUCGGAGUUCACUGACUUUACACACGACAAGGACUACAAUGACAACCUGACUUUUUACUUAGUCUUGGCUUUGGCUGUAGUCUCAUUUCUGUUCAUCACAUGUUUAGUGGUUAUUAUAUCAGUGAAAAUAUACAGAUGGAGACAGUCUCGCGUCCUCUAUCAUUCCAAUCUCCCGGUUAUUCCGUAUUAUCCACCGCGUUACGCAGACACUUUGGGGACAGGAACUCUACAGCACGUGUACAAUUACGAGGUGUGCAGGACGACUGACUCCAGAAAGAGUGACUGUAAGUUCGUCAGACCCUGUAGUCAGAACGUACUGAUAAUGGACCCCAGUUCUACAGGGACGAUGCAGCGGAUGCAGAGUGAACAGAACAUCCUGGAUGAACCAGACUCCCCACUAGAGGUGUCAGAUGUCAACGACAAUGCCCCAGUGUUUCCACGGGGCGUGUACAACUCUUAUAUCGCAGAGAAUAACUCUCCAGGCGUCUCUAUAUUUACUGUUAGAGCUAAAGACACCGACUCCAAUCAAAAUUCCCGUAUUUACUACAUUCUGGAGGAUACUGACGUCAACGGGACUCCUAUGGCUGCUUAUGUUUCGGUAAAUGCAGAGAGUGGGGUUAUACACGCGGUACGCUCCUUUGAUUACGAACAAAUCCAAGAGCUUACACUCGUGGUUAUGGCGCAAGACGGAGGCUCUCCUCCUCUCAGUAGCAAUGUGACUGUGAAAUUAAUGAUCCAGGACCAGAAUGACAACGCGCCUCAGGUUCUGUACCCAGUCCAGACUAGCAGCUCUCUGGUGUCUGAAAUGGUGCCUCGUUCAGCAGAAGUGGGCUAUCUUGUCACUAAAGUGGUGGCUGUUGAUGUGGACUCUGGACAGAAUGCCUGGCUCUCGUAUAAACUGCAGAAAGCGACAGACAGGGCGCUGUUUGAAGUGGGCUUACAGAAUGGAGAAAUAAGAACUAUACGCCAAGUCAAUGAUAAAGAUGCUGUGAAACAAAGGCUCACUGUUGUAGUGGAGGACAACGGGCAGCACUCUCGUUCAGCUACAGUCAAUGUUAACGUGGCGGUGGCCGACAGCUUCCCUGAAGUGCUCUCGGAGUUCACUGACUUUACGCACGACAAGGAUCUCCCGGUUAUUCCGUAUUAUCCACCGCGUUACGCAGACACUUUGGGGACAGGAACUCUACAGCACGUGUACAAUUACGAGGUGUGCAGUACGACUGACUCCAGAAAGAGUGACUGUAAGUUCGUCGGACCCUGUAGUCAGAACGUACUGAUAAUGGACCCCGGUUCUACAGGGACGAUGCAGCGGAUGCAGAGUGAAAAUAAUAUCCUGGAUGAACCAGACUCGCCACUAGAGCGCUCAUACUCGACUUACGUCACAGAGAAUAACACUCCUGGAAUGUCCAUAUUUACUCUCAGCGCGCGGGACUCUGACUGGAAUCAGAACGCUAGAAUCUCGUACCUCUUGGAGGACACGCAGAUCAGUGGAACUCCAGUCUCUACUUAUAUAUCUAUUAACUCUGAAACUGGAGUUUUACAUGCGGUUCGUUCCUUUGAUUAUGAACAUAUCAAACAGCUUACACUCAUGGUUAAGGCGCAAGACGGAGGCUCUCCUCCCCUCAGUAGUAAUGUGAGUGUCAACAUCUUCAUACAAGAUCAGAACGACAACGCACCUCAGGUUCUGUACCCAGUACAGACUAGCAGCUCUCUAGUGGCUGAAAUGGUGCCUCGUUCAGCAGAUGUGGGAUAUCUUGUCACUAAAGUGGUGGCUGUUGAUGUAGACUCUGGACAGAAUGCCUGGCUCUCGUAUAAACUGCAGAAAGCGACAGACAGGGCGCUGUUUGAAGUGGGUUUACAGAAUGGAGAAAUAAGAACUAUACGCCAAGUCACGGAUAAAGAUGCUGUGAAACAAAGGCUCACUGUUGUAGUGGAGGACAACGGGCAGCCCUCUCGUUCAGCUACAGUCAAUGUUAACGUGGCGGUGGCAGACAGCUUCCCUGAAGUGCUCUCGGAGUUCACUGACUUUACGCACGACAAGGAGUACAAUGACAACCUGACUUUUUACUUAGUUUUGGCUUUGGCUGUAGUCUCAUUUCUGUUCAUCACAUGUUUAGUGGUUAUUAUAUCAGUGAAAAUAUACCGAUGGAGACAGUCUCGCGUACUCUAUCAUUCCAAUCUCCCGGUUAUUCCGUACUAUCCACCGCGUUACGCAGACACUUUGGGGACAGGAACUCUGCAGCACGUGUACAAUUACGAGGUGUGCAGGACGACUGACUCCAGAAAGAGUGACUGUAAGUUCGUCAGACCCUGUAGUCAGAACGUACUGAUAAUGGACCCCAGUUCUACAGGGACGAUGCAGCGGAUGCAGAGUGAACAGAACAUCCUGGAUGAACUAGACUCUCCACUAGAGGAUCUGGUAUAA